GCAGGUUAGCCAAGCGAUGUAUGGCGACACGUCUCCGAGAUUCUUCAUAUAUUGGACAGGGGAUUCGUAUAACAAUGGUUGUUACAAUUUGGGAUGCUCAGGCUUUGUCCAAAUUGGAAAUAAAUAUGCUGUUGGGGCAGCCAUCACUCCGACCUCAGAGUAUAAUGGGACACAAAAGGACAUCGAGAUAUAUAUUUGGAAGGAUUCUAAUCUUGGGCGUUGGUGGCUAGCGAUUGGAGCCAGUGAAUAUGUGCUUGGUUACUGGCCAGCUUCCUUGUUUUCUCAUCUUAACGGCACAUCUGGAGCAAGCAUGCUGCAGUUUGGUGGAGAAGUAGUCAACAGUAAAACGAAUGGUCAACACACUACCACCCAGAUGGGGAGUGGGCAUUUUGCUCGAGAGCGCUUUGGGAAGGCUGCUUAUUUUCGAAAUCUGCAAAUGGUUGAUAGCAAUAACAAAAUUAUUCCCUUAUCAAACCUUCAAGUUAGGGAAGAUAGUCCUGGGUGCUACAAUAUAUCAUUACAGCCUUACCAGCCUGUUUGGGGAUGCUAUUUUUAUUAUGGAGGCCCCGGAAGAAAUCCGCAGUCUUGUCCCUGAAAGAGCCUCUUUAUAAGUUGGAGUAUAUAUAAGCUAUGCGAACUUAUGUUAGACAAAAACUUCUUUGAUCAAA